AUGGCGGACGUCAAGGAUCGGUUGAAUGAGAUCACCACCUCCGAGACCUCAGACAAAGGUGAACGCUAUUACAACCCUUGGCAUCGAGAUCAACGCUGGCGUGAUUGGGAGGAAACCCCUUUUGAAGAGCAGGCUCUUCAGACCCUAUGGGAUGAACAGCUCAAUCAUCAUCAUGGAGCAUCCAAAGGUACAGUGUUGCAACAACAUUGGGUUGAGACCGCAGAUCCUUGGUACAAUGCUGCGUGGCACGAGUCCUCGUGGGAUACUGAGGAUUGGCAUGAGUCGGAUUGGCACUCCAUGGACCAAUUUGGGGCAUGGCCUCAAGCUGUCAACGACCCAGUGGAUAACACUGCAACCACUGAUGAUGAUCCUGAACUCCAAGAAGCUUUGGAGGCUGAGAAGGCCGCAGAGGCCUUAGCAGUUGAAGCUCGUCGAACCUGGUCGCAAGCUCAGCAGGCUACAACAGCCCUUCGACGUGACCGUGGUUUUGGACAGUUUGCUGGAACCUCAUCCUCAAAAGGUGGCAAGGGAUCCAUCCGUUGUCACAUUUGUUCAGGUCCUCAUUUUGCUCGUGAUUGUCCUGACCGUCAACAUCCACAGUACCGCAAGGGUGGUGGAAAGCAGUUGAGUCCAGCUGAGCUGGACGCCUACCUCUUCAAGGGCAAGGGGAAAGGCAUGCGAAAAGGGAAGGAUCAAAUGAUGUCCUCAUGGGAGGAUUCCUACAUGGCGCCUUGGGAUGUGAUGUACACCCAGAAGGGCAAGAACAAGAAUGCUGGCAAGGGCGGAAAGCUUCGUUCCACCGUCAAUGUCUACGGCAUGGACUAUGGUGGGAUGGAUUUUAGCAUGAUGGAGCUCCACACGCUUGAGUUCCAUGAGACGAUGGAAGCAGUUCCUUUGGAGCUCUACACCUCCAAUGAGACUCCAGCUCCUCGAGCCAUCCCUGAAGGAUUUGGCAUGUUGGAUUGCGGGGCUACGGCCUCGGCUGGACCUGAAGCUUCUGUCAAAAAGUUGAUCGCCAAGCUGCGUGAAAGUGAUCCACAGUUGAAGGUCACCAUCGAUGUGGAACGAAGACCCUUUUUCAGGUAUGGUUCAGGUCGUUGGGGACAGGCCAUGUACUUUGCCUCCAUCAGCGCCUCCACGAACCCCAACGAGUCCUUUGAGGUGUUUGCCCUGCCGAAUCCCACGGAGUAUUACCAGAAGUCCUUCAAAGACUAUAUGCUGGUCCCAAUUCUUGUCGGUAUGGAUUUCCUCACCAAGGUCGGCCUGGGCAAGCAGUUCUCACUCGCAUUAUCAGCUGGUGAUGGAAGAGGGUUGGGACAUUGA